AGCGGAUUCCGAGUGAGACUUCUGGAGCCAGCAGGACACCCCAGUUCUCCCAGUACGACGCGGCUGCACGCAUCGUCCACAAGGAACUUUCCAUUCAGAAGAAAUGCUGUGGCCCUUCUCUUGACCCACAGUAAACGGUGCACAAUAAACUGCGUAGCUGAAGAAAUUACAGACUCCUCACAAAUGAGAGACAUUCGAGGCUGCAUAGUCUCCAGCUGAAGGAAAAUAACUAAUAGCUUCUCCGCAGUGUAGAUUGGAAGAAGGGGAAGAUGAACCUCACAAACUGUACCACAGAAGCCAGCACCACUGUAAGACCCAAGACCAUCACAGAGAAGAUGUUUAUUUGCCUGACUCUGGUGAUUAUCACCACCCUGACCAUGUUGCUGAACUCGGCUGUGAUUGUGGCCAUCUGCACCACCAAGAAACUCCAUCAGCCUGCAAACUAUCUAAUCUGCUCUCUGGCGGUGACAGACCUCCUGGUGGCAGUGCUGGUCAUGCCCCUGAGCAUCAUGUACAUUGUCAUGGACAGCUGGAAGCUUGGGUACUUCGUCUGUGAGGUGUGGCUGAGUGUGGACAUGACCUGCUGCACCUGCUCCAUCCUCCAUCUCUGUGUGAUUGCCCUGGACAGGUACUGGGCCAUCACCAAUGCUAUUGAAUAUGCCAGGAAGAGGACAGCCAAGCGGGCUGGACUGAUGAUCCUCACCGUCUGGACCAUCUCUAUCUUCAUCUCCAUGCCCCCUCUGUUUUGGAGGAGCCACCGCCAACUCAGCCCACCCCCCAGUCAGUGCACCAUCCAGCAUGACCAUGUCAUCUACACCAUUUACUCCACACUUGGGGCAUUUUAUAUCCCCUUGACUUUGAUCCUGAUUCUCUAUUACCGCAUUUACCAUGCGGCCAAGAGUCUUUACCAGAAAAGGGGAUCGAGCCGGCACUUAAGCAACAGAAGCACAGACAGUCAGAAUUCUUUUGCAAGUUGUAAACUUACACAGACUUUCUGCGUGUCUGACUUCUCCACCUCAGACCCUACCACAGAGUUUGAAAAGAUCCACACCUCCAUCAGGAUCCCUCCCUUCGACAAUGAUCUAGAUCACCCAGGGGAACGCCAGCAAAUCUCUAGCACCAGAGAACGCAAGGCAGCUCGCAUCCUGGGACUGAUUUUGGGUGCAUUCAUUUUGUCUUGGCUGCCAUUCUUCAUCAAAGAGUUGAUUGUAGGUCUGAGCAUCUACAGUGUGUCUUCUGAAGUGGCUGAUUUUUUGACAUGGCUUGGCUAUGUUAAUUCUCUGAUCAACCCUCUGUUGUACACGAGUUUUAAUGAAGACUUUAAGCUGGCUUUUAAAAAGCUCAUUAGGUGCCGAGAGCAUACUUAGAUUGUAAAAAACCCAAAGGUGUGACUUUUACCAGAGCCUCAUGAGUGAACGGGGGGUACGGGGUACAGCUUACUAAUUCUUGAACAUACUUGGUUCAGGAGAGUUUGUAAGUAUAUGUGGUCUUGUUUGUUUGGUUUCUUUUUCUUUUUUUCUUUUGUUAUUUGGUGUGCUGUUUUCUACCUCUGGUCUUAUUUGUGGUACCUCAUUUCAAAUAAACAUU